AUGAAUUCUGAACCGUUGCUAACUGACUUAACCGCCGACACUGUAGAAGAGUUCUUGUCAGCAAAACCGGUCCCAUUCCGGUUCUACCCACGUCUAGUUGCAUGGGAAUCAAGGCUCCUAUGGCUCCUCUCCGGUUCCUCCAUCAUCGUCUCCAUCUUCAAUUACAUGCUCACUUUCGCCACCCUCACUUUUUCCGGCCAUUUAGGCGCCUUGGAUCUCGCCGGAGCAUCUAUAGCCAGUGUCGGAAUUCAGGGCCUAGCUUAUGGCAUCAUGUUGGGAAUGGCGAGUGCAGUUCAAACUGUUUGUGGACAAGCUUAUGGAGCAAAGAAAUAUUCAUCAAUGGGGAUAAUAUGUCAAAGAGCCAUCAUCCUUCAAUUGUGUGCAGCCAUUCUCCUCACCUUUCUCUACUGGUUUGCAGGUCCGAUUCUGAUUGCAAUCGGUCAGUCUCAGAGUAUUUCUCGAUCAGGGGAAGUGUUUGCUCGUGGACUUAUUCCUCAGCUUUACGCCUUUGCCAUUAGCUGCCCCAUGCAGAGAUUCCUCCAAGCUCAGAACAUUGUGAAUCCGUUGGCUUAUAUCGCGGUUGGAGUGUUUCUUCUUCACAUUCUUCUAAGUUGGUUGGUUAUAUACGUUUUGAACUACGGCCUGCUUGGUGCAGCCCUUACACUCAGCUUCUCAUGGUGGCUGCUGGUUAUAUUUCAAACCAUUUACAUCCUUUUUACUCCUGCUUGUAAAGAAACUUGGACUGGUUUCUCCAUGAAGGCUUUUACAGGGAUUUGGCCUUAUUUCAAGAUCACUCUAGCAUCUGCUGUUAUGCUGUGCUUGGAGAUAUGGUAUAAUCAAGGACUUGUUCUAGUAUCAGGCUGGCUAACUAAUCCAACAAUUUCACUAGACUCAAUUUCCAUUUGCAUGAAUUACUUGAAUUGGGAUAUGAUGUUCAUGUUGGGAUUGUCGGCAGCAGCCAGUAUUCGAGUGGGUAAUGAGCUCGGGGCAGGAAAUGCAAUGGUGGCAAAGUUUUCUGUGGUGGUGGUGAUUUUUACGAGUAUAGUUAUAAGUAUAAUGUUGAGUGUCUUAGUGUUGGUUCUUAAGGUUUGGUUGAGCGAACUCUUCACUAGCGAUGAAGAUGUCAUUCAGGUGGUUAACAAUUUGACACCACUGCUUGCUAUUUCCAUCUUCUUGAAUGGUAUUCAACCCAUUCUUUCAGGUGUUGCUAUUGGGAGUGGAUGGCAAGCUUUAGUGGCUUAUGUUAAUCUUGGGGCUUACUAUAUAAUUGGUCUCCCUAUUGCAUGCAUUCUUGCCUUUAAAACCAGCCUAGGAGUGACUGGAGUUUGGUUGGGGAUGAUAAUUGGAGUCUUGUUGCAGACUAUAACUUUGAUCAUUUUGACUGCUAGAACAAAUUGGGAUGCCGAGGUAUUUAAUUUUUAUUGUAUACCAUUUUCAUAG